AUGUCCCUCAGCGUGUACGACAUUGAAGUUUUGGUUUACACUUCUGACUCCUUCUCCAUGGAAGCCGAUUUUUCGAUCCCGUAUUGUGGUGCUGAAAAAGGGCUCCAUCUUUCUCUUUCUACGCCAGAACUUGUUCGGCUCAUUUCCAAGUGGAGCGGAAAUUAUGCUCUAACCGCCAAAGAAAAUCAGCUUUCGCCCCCCUACUUCCGUUGCGAAAAAGUUGCCCCUGGUUUAUGGAUGGCAUUGAUAGUGGGAGGAAAAUACGAAAUCUUGACGCUCUUAAAUAUCGCCUGCCAAACGUCGUGGAGUGUAGGCGCACAAAACCAACUUUCACCGAGCCUGAGGGCGUUUUAUGGGAAAAAAUACGAAACGGUUAGCAAUUCUGAGUUGCAAGAAAAACUUGACCAGUUUCUUUGGCCCCUAAAAAAAUUGCCGCCAGUGGCUGCAAAAACUUGCCCCUUGGUGUCGCUUGACGACAUUCCGCGAAACACAAGCUCAGUCGAGCCCGCAUCCGUACCUUCACCUCCCCAUGAUGCCAGCGUCACCGAGAUUGUCAAGUUAAGCAAACUGGACGUCAGUACAAUCAUUGGCUCAGAGGGCAAGCGCAUCACCCACAUACGAAACGUUUCUCAGUGCCACAUCACUGUUCUUCCCAUUUCGCUGGAGUCGCUAGCCAUGUUCUCCAAAUUCCGCUCGCGUGAUUUUCCCCAAACGAUCUCUCUCACAGGGACGCCCACACAGAUCAGUCACGCGCGGGCGCUUCUUCGAAGAGCCCUCCAUGAGAGUAGGCGGAGUUAG